GCGGGUCUCUCGAUAUGUCCUUACAGCCUGUGCAAUGCAUUCCACGCGCUCCCUAUCCAUCCAACGUUUGCACAUUGCGAGGGGUGAACGCGUUUUUGCAAAGCGUCUAUCCGCGAGAGAACUGCUGAGAAACCGAGAGCGAACUUUUCAUCCCCUUUCGAUUUCUACCGCGUGAUUACAGCUAUGGGCCAUUCUCGCGCUUUGUGCUCUCCAGCAGCACCAAACGGAUCGCAGGAAGGAAAGCAGGCAGGCACCCAUGUAGAGGCUAUAGUUAUCCGAAGGGUGCGUUGUAUUUUCCCGUGGGUCGUGUCAGCGCCACUAGAGCGAGAAAGUUUUCCGCGAGUUGCAAAAAUUGCUUUCCUAAAAUUGGAACUUUUGAUUAGGUUUUAGUUUUUUUUACGAACAAUGGAUAGAAAUUGAGUUGGCGGUGAAUACCACGAGAACUGUUGUGUGACGGCGAAAAAAGGGGCGUAUAAUUGUCAGACAGCGUGGACUUUUUUUGAGUGUUAUCAAUGCAGUGACAAUACUCCUAUUAUAUUUGGUGCCUGUAAAAACUAGAAACAUAAAAUUGUACUAUUAUCUAUUGGAAGUAGUCGUUCAAAUACUCUCCACAGUGAUUGCUUUGAUGGUUUCAAAUACGGUCCGACAUUACUCUGUGUGUUUGAACCAAUUGUGAUGCUUAUCGAGAAGUACACGAGAGCUGAAAAUGUUUCAAUUUUGUAUCAACUAGAACCAAACCGCUUGGCUGGCUGCGGUCAGCUAUCGGAGUUUAGUCUUUAUCCAAACGUGGCGCAUGAAAUAUCGUCGUCGUGAGUAAUUAACCGUGCAAUAGUUACCAUAGCAAGCGGUGCAAACGAGAGGAAAAAAAUGUCACGCAGACGAUACAUUUGCAUUCAAUCACGGAUUGCUUGGACUGUGUAGAACGUUUUGAAGAAGGCGAAGGUGAUAGUUCCGGAUUUCCCACGUUACAUAAGUCUAGUGACAUUUUGGCGGAGGCUCACCAUAUUUAAUAACACUAGAAAUCGAUUACCUCACAAUUGGAAGCAUAAUUAGGAAAAAUCACAUCAUCAGGACGAAUGUGAAAUGAGAACAUGCUCUAAUUACGAGCCACUAGAUGUCCGCCCACAUUCCCGUUGUCUUCUCUGCCAUCCAGUUGUCUGAAUUGGGAUUCUAAAUAGCAGCAGACAACCACAUCGUGUCAUCGAUAAUCCUCAACAUUUAUUCGCAAAAAAGAGAAAGAAAGCUGAGACUGAACCUCAUAAUACAAACCCACAUUUGAAAUGCAUCGAUCAUGAGAUUUCCCAAGGUAUCGCCGAAAAAGUGUUUCUUUCUUGUUUUAUGUUUCGCCGUUCUUGUGCUGCUAGUUUUCAAUUUAAGGGAGCUAAAUAGCAAAUCAACACAUCCCAUUUAUAAUCGCGAUGAGUACCAGGUGGAGUACAACAAUCACGUUAAGGAUGAUGCCUCCAGAACAACCGAGAUGCUCGGCCGACUGGACCUAUCGGAUCGCGACGGCGAUCAACCGAACGAUCAAAUCCAACCGGAUGACCCGUCACUCCACGGGAUGAACGGAAUCAGCUACAGCGAACGGCCCUGGUACUUCUCCAAUGGGGUUCGCUACCCAAAACCGGUCCGCCGCAAUCGGAAGACGAACAAACGCAUCGCCCGAUUGCUACCGUCGGAAACAGCCCGUAGCGAUCGGAUAACCAAUCAGCUGAUGUUCGUCCCGCCGAAUUACGAGGCCAUCAAACGGAAGGGGAAACUGAAAACGAUCCUGCUGUACAACGGGCUGGGACCGUGGAACGUGAAAGCUGGGCGAGAGGUGUUCUACAAUGCCAAAUGCCCGGUGUCCACGUGCAGCAUCACCUCCGCUAGGGAGAAGGCCAUCACCGCAGAUUUGAUCCUGUACAAAGACCACUACAUUCCGCCGGCUGUGCCACGAUCGGCGCACCAGAUUUACAUGAUGUAUUUUUUGGAGUGCCCCUACCACACGCAGCACGUCAAAUUCCCCGAUGUGUUCAACUGGACCGCCACUUACAGGAAGGACAGCGACGUGGUAGCUCCCUAUGAGAAGUGGGAAUACUUCGAUCCACGGAUUCGUCAGGUUGAGCAAGAUCGCAACUACGCACUGAACAAAACCCGUAAGGUGGCCUGGUUCGUGUCGAACUGCGGAGCCCGUAAUGGACGGCUCCAGUAUGCACACGAGCUCCAGAAGCACAUCCAGGUGGACAUCUACGGUGCCUGUGGGACGUACAAGUGUUCCCGCACUACAGCGGACAAGUGCUUCGAAAUUCUUGACCGGGACUAUAAGUUCUAUCUGGCGUUCGAGAACUCCAACUGCAAAGACUACAUCACGGAAAAGUUCUUUGUGAAUGCCUUAAACCGUAACAUCUUGCCAAUCGUGAUGGGAGCUCGACCGGAGGAUUACGAAGCAAGUUCCCCGCAAAAGUCCUACAUUCACGUGGAUGAGUUUGCCUCGCCGAAGGAACUGGCCGAGUAUCUGCACAUACUGGACAGGAACGAAGAGCUGUACAAUUCCUACUUCAAAUGGAAGGGUACGGGUGAGUUCAUCAAUACGUAUUUCUGGUGCCGGUUGUGCGCCAUGUUGCAUGACGAAGCGUCCUUCCAGAAGCCCAAGUGGUACGAUGACAUUAACGAUUGGUGGCGAGGUCCGGGCGUUUGCACCAACGGAUCCUGGCGAAAUUAUCGGGCUCGAAAGGACGCUAUCAGCGAAGAGUAGGACUGAGUAAAAUAAUUCAAUAAAUGUGAUUCGUUCUAAGUUUAGUUGAGCACUGUUUUUCGCUGACCAAUGUCGCAUACUAUCCAAGCGACUUUGUCUAAAUGCAGUCCAUGAACGUCGAACGAGAUACAAAGUCAAGCGGAAGGAAUUAGGAAGAAUAAAUGUAUAGUUUAGGAAUUACAACUGACUUUGUAGGAGUUUAGUUUGUUCGAAUAAUGAUGAACUGAAAACCAAAUGAAACAAUAUCGAUCUAGUCCAACUUUACCAAGAUUUGAAUUGUUAUCGACGGAGGAUCUCACAGGAAGUAGGUAUAUAAGGAGGAGCAGAACAAUCGUAUAACAAAGACACAAAUUCUAAGCCUAGUGGAAACAAUCCGACUACUACUAGUACUACAAAAAACCAAACUGGUUUACAAGCGGUCUAAAGAGCCAGUCAAGCAGAUAAUUAUAAGUCUUGUACUACUACCAAGUACUCAUUUGUGAUUUUAGUUGUAUUGGGUUCAUUGUUGUUACUUACUUUAGUCUAAUUACAUCAGUAGUUUGUACUACACACGGAUAAAUAUCACUAUCAUUCAUUUCGUUGUCAGUAUUAAUCAUGCGCAACAACUGGCAUCAUCAAUAAACCGUACUUUCUCUCUAUCAAGACGCCAGGUGAUACUUUUCUCGAAUGGCAAAAUACUGCAACAUUGAUCGCAAGAAUAUUCAGUUUAGCUAGGAGUUUACAUAUGAUUCAAAUUAGUUCAAAUUAAUAUAUGUAAUAGAAUUAGUAUAUAACAUAUUACUUCAUACAUAAGUUUGAGAGUCAAUUGUCAGAAAGGGAUAUUCAUCUUCAUAUUCGACUAAAAGCAAAUGAAUCAUAAGAAACGGCGAAGAAAUAAACACAAAAGCGCAGAAGUAAGCAAAACAAAACCAAAACGUGAACAAUGUUCGAAUAAACUUUAUGUUACUUGACGAUAUUAAUGCUAAUUUGAAGAAAAUAAAACAAACUCAAAACGAUA